CGUUCGGCUCCAACGAGGAAAAUAUAAAGAGUUCAUCUGAAUGAAGUAUACGCCUGCCAACCCUCACGUUCCUUUCAUUCUUGAGGUCGUUCUGUGCCCUGGGGUAAGACUUUCCUGGGUAUUUAGGCUUUGUUCGUUCCACUCUUUCACGAACAUCUGUGACUGCAGCCAUGAUCUCCACCUUCCUUCAAGUUGUUCUCUCUUUCGUUCUCUUCACUGCCAGCACAGUAUACGCAGAGAAGCAUACUGUCCGUUUCCAGAACCAGUCAGCUUGUGGACACGGAACCCCAACUCUGAUUCAAGGUGCAGAGACUUUAUCCACAGGCCAGGACUACACAUCUGAGGGCGUCCUUUCGUCCGCUAUCGCCUAUCUACAAACUGGCGACUGUGGAUUCAAUGGCGAAAAUUGUGCAAUUGUCGAGAUGACCUUGGGCAAUAGUCACUGUAUAGGGUGUGGCUCUUCCGUCGAUAUCAGUCUCAUUCCUUCCCACGCUUUGAAUGUUGAGACGUCCUUCAGUUUCUUCGGUGGAUGUGACGGUUCUGGUGCAACUUGUGCUACGAAAGACUGCAAGACUGCAUUCUUCGUUCCGGAUGAUAACCAAGUACAGGUUUCAUGCCAGUCCAACGAUGUUGGUUUACUUAUCACUUUCUGCGGGUCUUCUGCUUCAGCACCGCAACAGAAGCCGCCUGCUGUGAAACCCACUUCGGCACUUGCCUCUUCUCCUGCUCCUACAGCGUCUCAUACUCACGACACAUCGAUCGCUACUUCCAGCGCGCCACCUGUUAUCAAUGUCGGAGACUCGAAGCCUGUCAACGUCGUUCAUUCUUCCUCAAUCGCUACCACACCGAGUGUGACGACUUCUUCGGUUGCCACCUCCACUUCUACGCCGCCUAAAUGCCGUCGCUCUAUGCGUCGCAGGGCUGAGAAAGAGUCUCGUGCACUUUAUGAAGCUCAUCGGCGCCACCAUGCUCGCGUUCAGGCUGGUCAUGGGAGGUCGUUCUAACUGAUGUUCACUCUUCUCUUAGAUCUGUACCAUUGCUUGUACCCUUUUCCUCGCUCAUGGUUGUUCUCGACCACAUUCGCUCGUUCCUCAUGACAUGUUGUAGCUGGUAUAUGCAUCGCUGUCAGACUUCUUGUAUUGAUUGCUAUAGAGCUCCACGCGUUAGGUCGUGGACACUGCCGGGUUGUAGUACGACUCAUGUACUGAUCAAGGCUUGACGUCUUGUGUGCUACAUACAAUGCCAUAUUCGUGCUUUGCUGGCAACCAUUCCAAGGAAACACUUUGGCCCUCAUGAACUUCGCAUAUUAUUACAAAAAGUAGUUGUACAGUAUGAAAUAAAGUCACAAGUUGCAGCGCAGUC